AUGGCCUCCAUCUACAUUGACGAGGAUGUCGGCCUGGACGAUUCAACCGCCACCGGUUCCGAAGCCGCCCCCUACAAGACUCUGGUCCAUGCGUUCUUGCAACAACCUCCCGCUGAAGGCAACCAAUACUUGAUGCGCAAGUCGCAAACAGAACCUGCUGGUGAGAACGUCGAUCCCGCCGCCAAGUUGGAGUGGAAGUCCGCAACCAAGUCCGCCACGAAGAAGGCCCUCAGCAUCGUCGAGCAGCGCAAGAAGAAGGCUGCAAAGGAGCAGGAGCUGGCUAUCCGGGAGAAGCAGGAUGCGGAGAAGCGUCAAAAAGUCCUGGAGGAUGCCAAGAAGGUCGUCAUCACCGAGGACGCCUCGCUCCCCAAGCCCGUGCGCAUUCGCCUGGACGUCACCGACCCAGAGAUUGUUAAGCUGGGAUCUCCCGAGUCCGAGACCCCGGGUACCCGGGUCCGCGUGCUGGGUCGUGUGCACCGCUUGCGUGCACAGAAGGAUGUCAUCUUCCUGACUCUGACCGACGGCUACGGCUACCUGCAGUGUAUCCUGACCGGCAACUUGACGAAGACCUACGAUGCCCUGACCCUCACUAUCGGAACCUCCAUGGCCAUCCACGGUGAGAUGCGCGCGGUGCCUCCCAAGCAGCACGCUCCCAACGACCGCGAACUUCAUGCGGACUUCUACACCGUCAUCGGCCGUGCUGCCGGUGACAAGGAGGCCAUCACCACCCGUGUGGCCCCCGAUGCCGACCCUCAGACCCUGUAUGACAACCGUCACCUGGUCCUUCGUGGCGAGACCUCCUCGGCCGUGUUGAAGGUGCGCGCCGCCACUCUCAAGGCCUUCCGGCAGACCUUCGAGGAGCACCGGAUGCUGGAAGUUACCCCUCCCGCUAUGGUGCAGACCCAGGUCGAGGGCGGUAGCACACUGUUCAAGUUCGACUACUACGGCGAAGACGCCUAUCUCACCCAAUCUUCCCAGCUCUAUCUCGAAACCUGCCUCCCCUCCCUGGGUGAUGUCUUCUGCGUCUGCCCCUCCUUCCGUGCUGAGAAAUCCCUCACCCGCCGCCAUCUGUCCGAGUACACCCACAUCGAGGGCGAGCUCGACUUCAUCACUUUCACCGACCUGCUCGACCAUCUCGAGAACGUCAUCUGCCGUGUCAUCGAACUCACUCUUGCUGACCCGGCCACCGCUGCUCUCAUCAAGCAGCUCAACCCCGACUUCAAGACCCCUAGCCGCCCCUUCCGCCGCAUGAGGUACUCGGAUGCCAUUGAGUGGCUGCGCGAACACGACAUCCCCAACGAAGAGGGCAAGCCCCACCAGUUCGGUGACGACAUCGCCGAGGCUGCCGAGCGUAAGAUGACCGACAUCAUCAACCAGCCCAUCUUCCUCACCCACUUCCCCGCUGAAAUCAAGGCCUUCUACAUGAAGAAGGACCCCGAGGACCGCCGCGUCACCGAGAGUGUCGAUGUCCUCAUGCCCGGUGUCGGCGAAAUCGUCGGCGGCAGUAUGAGAAUGGACGACUGGGACGAGCUGAUGGCCGCGUAUAAGCACGAGGGCAUGGACCCCGCCCCGUACUACUGGUACACCGACCAGAGAAAGUACGGUACCUCCCCCCACGGUGGAUACGGUCUGGGUCUCGAGCGAUUCCUGGCCUGGUUGUGUGCCCGCUACACCGUCAGAGAUUGCUCUCUGUAUCCUCGCUUCACCGGCCGUUGCAAACCCUAG